UGAUUAUGAUAGCGGUAUUAUAGUUAUAUUUUUAAAAGCCUUACCUAUUACAGAUAAUUAGGUAUUGCAAGGGCAAAAUAUGAUACAUGGGACUGUUUUUAUGAAUUUCUUUUUCAAAGAGGAAAAAUAAUUAAUGAAAAAAUCAUAGAGACACAUGGUGGCGCUACAGGAUAAGAUGACAACAGUACAUAGCUAGCACUGUGGGCUCUAUUAUCGGAACAGAGAACAUCAAACCCACCCAGAAAAGAGGUAUUAAAGGAGCUGCUGCAAGUUUACAUUCUGCGCAGGGCUCUCCCACUAAAAAAAUCAGAGUUUCAUCUUCCAUACUUAGGGCUGAACUUUAAUUUUCCACAAAAAAAGCUUUCCUGAAGAAACCAUGGGGAUGAGAGGGGUGCUAACUCUGCAGAAAAGGCAAGUGCUGGUUUUCUUUGUUUUGCUGGGAUUGUCGCAGGCGGGUAUUGAAUCUUUGAGCUAUUCCAUAGCAGAAGAAAUUGAAAUUGGCUAUUUUGUGGCUAAUUUGGCAAGGGACCUGGAGCUGGGGUUGGAGGAGCUGUCCUCACGGGAGGCCCAAGUAGUGUGUGAUGAUAGAGAAAAGCAUUUGUACCUUGAUUUGAUGACGGGAUAUUUACUCUUAAAUGAGAAACUGGACAGAGAAGAGCUGUGCAGCUCCACUGAGCCCUGUGUGCUGCAUUUUCAAGUGGUAUUGGAAAAACCUUUGCAGUUUUUUCAGGCUGAGCUGCAUGUCAGAGAUAUAAAUGAUCACGCCCCUACAUUCCUGGACAAAGAAAUACUUAUUAAAAUAUCAGAAAGUGCAACUAUUGGAACAACAUUCUUAAUGGAAAGUGCUCAAGAUCUGGAUGUAGGAAGCAACAGUCUUCAAAACUACACAAUUAGCCCCAUUUCUCAUUUCUAUAUUAAAAUUCAAGACGGCAGUGAUGGAAAGAUAUACCCAGAGUUAGUUCUACAAAAAGUGUUAGAUCAUGAGAUGGAGUCUGAGCUUAGACUGACACUCACAGCACUGGAUGGUGGAUCUCCGCCCAGGUCUGGUACAACACUAGUUCUCGUCAAAGUCUUGGACAUCAAUGACAACUCCCCUGAGUUUGCUCAGGAUCUCUAUGAGGUGCAGGUCUUAGAGGAUACACCUAUCGGUUCCUGGAUUAUCACCGUAUCUGCCAAGGAUUUAGAUACAGGAAAUUAUGGGAAAUUAUCCUACACAUUCUUUCAUGCAUCAGAAGAUAUUCGUAAAACCUUUGAAAUCAACCCACUAUCUGGGGAAGUCAAUCUGAGAUCGCAGCUGGAUUUUGAAACCACUCAAUCCUACUCUAUAAAUAUUCAGGCAACAGAUGGUGGGGGUCUUUCAGAAAAAUGCGCUCUUCUAAUUAAAGUGCUAGACAUAAACGACAACCUACCUGAAGUGAUCAUGUCGUCAAUUACAAACACAAUUCCAGAGAACGCCUCGGAGACCCUCGUUGCCCUUUUUAGUGUUCGAGAUCAUGAUGCUGGGGACAAUGGGAGAAUGGUGUGCUCUAUUCAAGAUGACCUCCCCUUUAUCUUGAAACCAACCAUCAAAAACUUUUUCACUUUGGUUUCCGAAAAAGCCCUGGACAGAGAAAGUAGAGCCGAGUACAACAUCACCAUCACCGUCACCGACUUGGGCACACCCAGGCUCCAAACCCAGCACAACAUCACAGUGCUGGUCUCCGACGUCAACGACAACGCCCCGACCUUCACCCAGAUUGAGUUAAACGUUCCACAGAAAGGCUUUUGCAUAAGGAGAGUCAUGGAACUCGGAGAGGGGACCCCUCGGCAGAUAAGGCAAGUGCUGCUUCUCUUUUUUUUCCUGGGUGGGACGUUGGUGUAUGCAGAGACCUGGGGCUACUCUGUGGCAGAGGAAGCUGAAAUCGGCUUCUGUAUAGCUAAUGUGAUAAAAGAUAUGGAUUCCUCUGUGGGUGUGGAAGAUCUAGCUGCACGAGGGGCCAGAGUCAUCUUUGACGACUAUAAAUCUUACUUGCGGUUGGAUCUACAGACUGGCAACCUGCUCUUAAAUGAGCAACUGGACCGGGAGGCACUUUGUGGAACCACUGAACCCUGUAUAUUGCAUUUCCAAGUGUUACUUGAAAAUCCUUUGCAAUUUUUUCGGGCUGAGCUUUCUGUCAAAGACAUAAAUGAUCACAGUCCCAUGUUCCUAGAGAAACAUAUGCGCCUAAAAAUCUCAGAAGGUACCUCUCCAGGAACCUCCUUUCAAAUGGAUGGGGCGCAAGACUUAGAUGUAGGAGCAAAUAGCGUCCAAAACUAUACAAUAACCCCAAAUCCUCAUCUCCACGUUAAAUUACACGACAGCGGUAAAGACAGAAAAUACCCAGAGCUGGUACUGGACCAAACUCUGGAUCGAGAAAAGGAGCCUGAAUUUAAUAUAACGCUAACAGCCAUAGAUGGUGGGUCCCCUUCCAGGUCUGGGACUGCUCUGAUUCAAGUGGUGGUGGUAGAUAUCAAUGACAAUGCUCCUGAGUUUGAGAGACCACUCUAUGAAGUUCAGGUACCAGAGAACAGCCCUGUGGACUCUUUGGUAAUCAGGGUGUCUGCUACAGACUUAGAUGCAGAAAUAUAUGGAGAGCUAUCUUAUUCAUUUUCCCACAGCUCUAGAGAUGUACAGAAAACUUUUGAAAUCCACCCAGUUUCUGGGGAAGUCCGUUUGAAAUCGCUACUAGAUUUUGAGAUGAUUCAGUCCUAUACAAUAAAUAUUCAGGCCACUGAUGGUGGGAGUCUUUCUGGAAAAUCAGUCGUUAUAGUUCAGGUUGUAGAUGUGAAUGAUAACCCACCAGAAAUAGCCAUGACAUCGCUUAUCAGUCCCAUACCGGAAAACUCUUCCCCUGAGAUGAUGGUCGCUAUUUUCAGAAUAAGAGACCAAGACACUGGAGACAAUGGGAGGAUGAUUUGCUCCAUUCAAAAUGACCUGCCUUUUCUCGUGAAGCCUACAUUUAAGAAUUUCUACACGUUAGUAACUGAGCGCUCACUGGACAGAGAGACCAGGGCCGAGUACAACAUCACCAUCACCGUCACCGACUUGGGGACACCCAGGCUCCAAACCCAGCACAACAUCACUGUGCUGGUGUCCGACCCGGCGCCCGAGGGCCCCUUCCCGGCCCGCCUGCUGGACGUCAGCGGCGCCGGGACCCUGGCCCACAGCUACCAGUAUGAGGUGUGUCUCUCUGGGGGUACUCAGACCAGCGAUUUCAAGUUUCUAAAGUCUGUUACCAGAAAUCACCAGGAGGCUGGCAAUGAUUUGGAGGAAAAUUCUUUAUUUGUAAAUGGUUUGGGGUACAAUUAAGAACUGUAGGUUUUUCCAGAUCAUUCUUGAUAAAAGUUAGCUAUUUUUAAACUUUUUAGUUCUGCAUUCCGAGAUUCCCUCCCCCUUUUGGCUCAUAAGGAAAUUUCUGGGUUUUGCAUGAGUUAUCGUAGUUCAACCAAUCGGAAAUUUUCCUCUCAUGUACCCCUCUGAUAUGUCUUUACAAAAAAAAAAAAAAAAAAAACUUAUGAAGACAGUGAACCUCUAACUUCAUUACUGAAAAGUCACAAGUACGUGCUCAAUAUGUCGAUGACCCCAGUCCCAUUGUCUGUUAUUCAUAACCUUUCUAAAAAUUUCUGAUGUUUUGAAGGCAAGCAUGAUAUAAUUGUAACGAAUUAUUAUGUCUUCUGUUUGAUAUUAUGCUCUCCUGUUUAGAAUAUUUAAAUGGAGGAAUAUCUACCAAUAUACAUGGUUUUGUUUUACAGUAUUAAAUGGGAAAGGUCACUAUUUUCUUCCAAAUCUAAAGUCUUUUAUGGUCUCUAAAACAACCUUCCAUAUAUAUAGAAUAUAUGAACAUUAUUAUAAGAUUAGAUUUUACUUCAAGACUUGUAAAUAAAAAUCCUUUUGUGAUAUGUAAUCCACCACAUCUUUUUCUGAAAACUUCUCUUUUCAGCUGAGUUGUACUGUUACAGCUAUGUUUAUUUUAUAUGACCCAUCUCCUCCUAUGAUUUCAGGCAACAGCACAAGAGGUAGACAUUUCUUUUCUCCUUCUCUUUCCUCUUGUCUUUCCUUUUGCUUCUCCUUCUCCUUCUCCUUCUCCU